AUGCUUUUUUAGUUUCAAAAUAUUAUGUAUAAAUCUAUUAAUCAUUCAAUCUAUUAAAAAUAAAAAAAAUUAGUUAAGUGAAAGUUAUAUUUUUAAAUACAAAAAAAAAUUGAGAAAUGAAAAAUUUAAUAUAUUUUUUUCAAAAUCUAAAUAUCCGAACUCGAUCCGAAAUAACCGAAUUGGAACUAAAAAUACACGAAUCAGACUCGAAGUUCAAACAUACUCGAACAAGUUCUACAUUUCUAUACUAAAAUACCCAAAAAUCCGAAGUACCUGAUAUGAAUCCGAACACCCACUCCUACUGCCUAAUCUCAGGUUUAGUCAAAGGACGUAGUUUUCUCAGGACUGAAAAGAAAAAGAAAAAAAAAGACGAAUAAUCCAAUCAAUUACCGGUUAAAUAGUUGAACCGGGUCUAGUAUUUAAAAUUUCACUGAAUUGAACCGAACCAGUCUUCUAUUACAGUGGUUUUGGGGUUUUUGCAGAAGCUAAAGAAAAUGGCUGCAGCUAGGUCUGUGUUUAUGUCUUCCAUCUUCAGAAUCGCAACCGCUCGAAGCUUGAUCUCACCCAAAGCUAGAGUCUCCUCCACAAACACUUUUUCAUCUCUUCUCCAGACUGCAAUCGAAGUUUCCACUCCGAGAAGCUUCCAUAGCCUCAUUGCUUCCACACGCAUCUCUGUUUCUCUGUCUCAAACCGAUGCUCAUUUCUCAACGACAGUCCCCACGCGUUCACUCAGAAGAAGAAUCAGCAAAAGAAACAAUCCAAAACCCGUUCUUGACCAAUCCAAGUUUCAAGAAACGGUUUCGAAACUCCCACCAAGAUUCACUCCCGAAGAGCUCGCCGAUGCUAUAACCCUCCAAGAAGACCCGUUAGUGUGUUUCCACCUCUUCAACUGGGCCUCUCAGCAGCCCAGGUUCAAACACGAGAGCUGCACUUACCACACCGCCAUCAGGAAGCUCGGAGCCGCCAAAAUGUACAAAGAAAUGGACGACGUCGUCAACCAGGUGCUCUCCGUUCGCCACGUGGGCAACGAAAACCUCUACAACUCGAUCUUGUACUAUUUCACCAAAGCGGGGAAGCUGAUCCGCGCGGUGAAUAUAUUCAGACACAUGGCGAAUAGCAAGAACCUGGAGUGUAGGCCCACCAUCAGAGCGUAUCAUAUCCUCUUCAAGGCCUUGUUGGGCCAAGGCAACAACUCUUACACGAGCCAUAUGUAUAUGGAGACGAUACGGUCUUUGUUCAGACAGAUGGUGGAUAGCGGGAUCGAGCCGGACGUGUUCGCUCUCAACUGUUUGGUUAAAGGCUACGUGCUCUCGCUCCACGUCAACGAUGCUCUUAGGAUAUUUCAUCAGAUGGGUGUGGUUUAUAACUGCCAGCCGAACUCGUUUACUUAUGAUUAUCUGAUACAUGGGCUGUGUGCUCAGGGGAGGACCGUUAACGCUAGAGAGCUGCUUGGUGAGAUGAAAGGGAAAGGUUUUGUUCCGAAUGGGAAAUCUUAUAACUCUCUUGUUAGUGCUCUUGCGCUCAGCGGUGAGGUUGAUGAUGCGGUGAGUUGUUUGUGGGAGAUGGUUGAGAGUGGGCGUGUGGUUGAUUUGAUUACGUUUAGGACACUUGUUGCUGAGAGCUGCAGGAAAGGGAAGUACGAUGAAGCGAGGAGAUUGUUGGGUACGUUGAGAGAGAAGAAGCUUGUGGACAGAGAUUCUUAUGACAAGCUUAUGAAUGUUCUUCGAAAGGAUUUGUAGAUGUGUUUCUAGUUUGUUGUUAUAUCGAAAAAUGUUUGGUGAAAUUUAUUUAUUUCUUUAUGCACCAUCCUGAGACCUGCUUCCAAAUCCUCGAGCCUUUCUUUGUUACUGACCAUUGACUUCACCGAUGCGAUCUGAGUUAUAAGACCAUCUGUUAAUUUAUUUUUAUU